UCAUUCAUUUCAAUUUCAUUCAUUACGGUUACGCCUUUGUGGUUGUGUUUGAUAUGAUUUGUGAUUAGUUUGCUUUUGAAAUAAAUAAUUAUUGUGGGUGUCUACACUGUCUGCCUACAUUGAGUCAUCAAUAGUUCAAAUAUUUGUUAGAUAAUAUAAUGAAUGCAUUAUUAGAUUACGGUUCAUCAUCCUCAAAUGAUUCUGAAGAAGAACCUGAAGAGAAGACUUCAAAAGAAGAAACGAAGCAUAAAUUACCCAAACCGGCUCUUGGCGAAAGCGCCCUGCAGACAUCUGUAUUUUCAAACCCUUUCGUUGAAGCGGAGUUGGCGAAGGCAGCUAUAUUAGAAAAACACGUGAAAAUGGUUCCAGGUAGAAACAACACACAGAUGAUAAAUGGCAAGAAGAUCUGCUGGAACUACAGAAAAGGCCGCUGCCGGUUUGGGCACAACUGUAAAUACGCUCAUGACUCUGACAUACAGAAGACUUCAGAAGAAUUGGAUACUGAGAAACAGAAAUUAGAAAGAAAGUCCUUGGUGUGUGAAAGCUCAGGCACUAUGACAUCUGGUCCUCCCCCACAAAUCUCAUUAGAACAAGUCUUACCCACCGACGACGCUGUCUGGGAAGGAGCACCUGAUAAAAGGAAGCUGAAGAGACCAGGGCUUAGCCAAACUCUUGUCCCAGGCAAGAAAGUCAUCAAGAUGUAUAAGGAACAAAAAGUUAAAGACUAUAAUAAAAAAUAAUUAUUUUGUAUA